GCAAUAUUACAGAAACACAAUGACACAAUAUUACUUUUGGCAUAUUGAGAGUUCGUCGCAAGUGGAUUUUAUCGUAUCGUGUCAUUAUUUUGCUUGAUGCUGUUGCCGUUAAAACCGGCUAUGAAGAUCGUGAUUUCAAAGAUGUACGCGGUGGCGAAGUUCGAUAUUUUCUUCGUAUUUCUAUUUUUCAAAGCGAACUUCAGCUGCUCGUCAGGUCAGUGAUAAUAACGAUUGUUUAUUAAAACGGAAGGGAAGAAAAACACGAUCACGAUAGCCUUAGACCAGUAAAGCCGAAGACAAUGAUUAAUCUUUUGAUCGUAUCCUAUACAGAUACAUGUAAGGCAUAAGCGAAGCAACACUGCAGAUCAUGGUCAAACAAAAAUAUAACAUACACAGUGAAAACGAGUCGGAAUUGCCAGGCGCGUGUUAUAAAUAGCUCUUUGCUCAUACUCUUCUCCUAAGCAGACGCAAAUAACCUCAAUAAGCUUACAUUUUCUAACUAGCAACCUCAUCGUACUACUGAUUUCGGAUUAGUUAUAGCAUAAACUUGAUAUUUGUCUUACUUAUCUUCUCUUCAGAUAAUUUUUGUGAACGCCUAUUUUCAAAAACCGAGUACCAUUACUUGGAUGUUCCACAUUUUGGAACAACGACGGUAAAUGACGAGCUUGCGUGCGUUUUUCAAUGCCUCAGGAGCCAAAGAUGUCUUUCAGUAAACAUGGCCACCUCUGAGGAAGCAAAUGGAAACCUUUGGUGCGAGUUGCUGUCGUCUGUAAAGGACAGGAAUGUCAAAGAGUUUAAAGAAAACAAGAGUUCGCAUCACUUUUCCAUUAUGGUAGUACUGCUUGUGUGAUAUUUCAUAACGAACGAGUUUUUAGUAUCAUUUUACAAAAAGUCGUUCAUGGCUUAGACUUUUCAAAGUCGCCCUCCUGUGAGUGUGGUUUGAUGAAAAAGGUGUCUAAUGGCGAAUUGUACAAUACUUGUGUCUUUAAUUUGCAUACCGCCUAAACGGCACGGUUGUAAUUUUAAGGUGAAGAUCAUAGUGUAACACAGCGUUUUGAUAACGUCUCGAUUCUUUUACGUCAAUAUGGACCAAAAUAAACAAGAAAUAACGAAGUCAAACAGUUUCAUGUCACAUCAGUAGACAAAGAAGGUUUGACCCAUCUCUUCCAGAUGCUAUCGAAACAUUAUAAGACUUUCUGUAUUUUUUGGGAACGGUAAUUUAAAAAAGUAGUAAUAUAAAACAUAAUUGAUGAGAAUCGAAGAAACUGCGAAUUUUCGAAGAAAUUUGAAGCGAGAUUCAUUGCGAUUUGAUUUUCUCUUAAAUACUUCCGAUUUAUCGCAAAGCUCUUAGUAAAUCAUUGUUUGCUUUUGGUGAUAUAUUGCAGUAACUUGGCUCAACGACAAAAUAUCGCAUCAGAGCUAAAUUUUCGGAAAUUACUUUCAUGCAGCCAAGCUGAUUAACUUUGUUUUCACUUCAGUCGACUUGCCCAUCCUCGAGGUGUCACAACAGAGGCACCUGCCUAUUGAAUGACAUUGGAAAUGAUCCAUUUGAAUGCCUUUGCGAGGAAGGUUAUGUGGGAAAAGACUGCAAUACAGGUUAGUUAUAAAGCUUUGCACCAAAGUGCUUCAUCAGAUCAUCCCUAUAGAAAUAUCGAUGAGGUUUCUAAACAGAAAUAGGAUACUUGCGGGGCUCUCUUAAAACUCUUCACAAGUCUUAAUAUAAGUUAGAAAGAGUUAUAUCAAAGUCACCUACACUGGAUGAUUUUGAUAUCCUAUCAUUUAUAAAUAAGAAAUUACUACUUCAUUCAAGCUUUUUAUGAUAUCUGGCUUAAAUGUGCUACGAUUCAAGUACGGACUUAAAUUCAUGAACAGCUACUGCUCUGGUAAUCCGAAAAACAAAAGGCAAUGACAAGUAAACAGUGCUUUUCAAUUUUCAUCUUUCCUUGCUUUUGUUUUUAAUGGUUUAAAAAAUGGCUGGGAAAUCGAAAAAAGGAUUAGUCCAGUUACUAUGCAAUAUUUAAAUUGGUGGCUUCAUAAAUUUCGAACAAUUUGGCAAUUCUUUGCAAUCUCAAAAUGCAGUUAAUGUCUUAAUUUCAAAUAUAUAAAAGGAUGACUAAGAAAACCACUAGGGCAAUAAUUUUUUUCUUCACUUUCAGUUGCGAAGUCAUGCAAGGAGCUCAGUGCAGCUUACAAGUGAGUUUUAUUUUAGCUACUCCCCCCCUGCCUAUCCUAAAUUUGUUGUAACAUAGAAUUAAAACACCUAGGGAAAAGUAAAUUUAACUUCUCGCCAGUCUUUUUAUUAUUAUUAUUAUUAUUAUUGUAAUUUUUUUAAAUUCUUAUUUGUUGUUUAAUAUAGAUUUCCAACCUUGUAUACAUGUUUACCAGAGAGGAAUUUUUGCAUUUACUCUCAAAAAGAGAGUUUUACCUUAUCGUUAUUGAUGUCCUUAGUGACUAUGCCUGCACUUGCGUUCCCAAAGACAACAAGACCGAAAUGCAAAGAAGAUCGUGGCUAAUAAGCCUAAGAAAAUCAGUAAAAAUUCAGGGACGCAGCUCACUCUCCAAGCAAGUUCUGGAAUGUAUGAGUAUAAGAAAAGAAUGUGAAAUGCAAACGAAGAAAGCUCCUUUUGAUCCAGGAUGUUUACAUGUACCUUGUCUUUUGCAUAGUUUAAACUUGAAUCAACUGGUCACGCUUCACUUUGACUCCAAAGCAAUCUCCAUUUACUGUCACACUGGAGAUUUCGGGUGUGGAGAUGGAGCAUGGACGCCAGUCAUGAAGAUUGACGGCAGCAAGGUAUGGUUUUAAUCCUACUUGUGCGUAACGAAACUAACGUUCGAUCAGUCAAAACGUGAGCCAGAGAAACCAGAUAAGAUAGAGCUAAUCAAGAAUUGCAUGCUCAUUUUUGUGUCAAACAAGUACGCUGUCCACCGCAAGAAUAAAAUAUCCAGAACUGUGGCAACUGUAGCUAUUUAAAUGGAACACAGCCAAAAGAGUCACGACAACAAAUGAAAUUACCCUAUUAACGUUAGUUAUGGCCUCUGCAAAGUUUUUUCUUAGUUGUUAAUUUUUUGAAAGACAAGAUUAACGUGGGUUAGGAUCCUAUCAAUUCUCUUUUUUGACAAUUUGAACUCAAACAUUCGAGACAGCUCAGACUUUAAACAAAAAAAUCGUGGCGAAAGUGGCUUAAAAAUAAAGGAUUUUCAAAAGUAGCUCCAGCUUGACAAUGCACGCCCUUCAUGAAACAUGUAGAACCUUUAAGUCCUAAAAUGGAAAGCAGCUCUUUAUGUUUUGCCUCUCUUGUAGUGCUGUGAUUCUAAGAUUGGUUUAUUUGUGAGAAUUUAAUCAAUGCAUUCCGGACGAGGUCUGAGCGGGUGUGCUAAACUAACGAUUGAUUGAAGAUGUCCUCGCCAUCUCCAAAAGUAUUCCCAUUAGUUACCAAGUUUACUCAAAAUGAUUUUAAUAUUAUUUUAGAGCACCUUUCACUACAGCUCAAGCUACUGGACGGAUAAAAUUGAAUACAGCGUCUUGGGAGGAGCAACUAGAUUUGAUUCACUAGAGACCAAGCUACCGACCUACUGGAACACACCCUUUUCGAAGAUCUGUCUUGGUAUGAAGAUUGGGCAACAGCUCAACUUUAUUGUCAUCGAGAGGCAGGCUGACUCUCUGUACUCACUGAUCGCUGACGGGCAAUAUCGCAACACAUCACUGGGUCGUGAGAAGUGGAAAUUGCUGAUUGGUUCACAAGCCUCCUUACAGUACCAUUGUGAUAAGGAAGGAUUCAACGCUGUUUGUAGCUGGAGUAAAACUUCCAAAGCUAGAAUUGGUAUCUUGAGUAACAAUGAAGAUCUUUGCUCCAGUUGUGAUUCCAGAAUCGGCUUUGGGACGGGAGGGACUCCGAAUGACUCGAAUACAUGCGGAAACUCCGCAGUGUACCUACCAGAUAACGGUAAUAAACUCAUCAAGGCCAUGGGAUAUAUCUUGGUUCAGUGA